GGGUCCGGGGGGAGCGGAUAUAGGGAAUGCGGGGUCCGGGGAGAGCGGAUACAGUGAAUGCGGGGUCCGGGGGGAGCGGAUACAGUGAAUGCGGGGUCCGGGGGGAGCGGAUAUAGGAAUGCGGGGUCCGGGGAGAGCGGAUAUAGUGAAUGCGGGGUCCGGGGAGAGCGGAUACAGUGAAUGCGGGGUCCGGGGAGAGCGGAUAUAGUGAAUGCGGGGUCCGGGGAGAGCGGGAUACGGUGAAUGCGGGGUCCGGGGAGAGCGGAUAUAGUGAAUGCGGGGUCUGGGGAGAGCGGAUAUAGUGAAUGCGGGGUCCGGGGAGAGCGGAUAGAGGGAAUGCGGGGUCCGGGGAGAGCGGAUAUAGGGAAUGCGGGGUCCGGGGAGAGCGGAUAUAGUGAAUGCGGGGUCUGGGGAGAGCGGAUAUAGUGAAUGCGGGGUCCGGGGAGA